AUCUUGAUUAAUAAUAAUUAAGUACUUUGUCAAAAUUAUUUCUAAUUUGUGUAUUGUUGUUAUCAAUUUGUUAUCGGACUUCGGGCUAUAUAAGCUUGCGGAGCGUUAACAACUGGCAAUCUUUCCACCAUGUUGACUCUGGCUGUCGUGUUCGUGUUGUGCGUCGCACUGUACCUCUACGGUACAAGAACGUUCAACUAUUGGGAGAAGAGAGGAAUAAAACAUGACAAGCCUAUACCAUUUUUCGGCAACAAUUCGCGUAUGUACUUAUGGCAGAAAAGUAUGACAGAAAUUGGCGUGGAAAUGUACUGGAAAUACCCGAAGGAAAGAGUCGUAGGAUUUUAUCGAGCUAUGCGUCCAGAACUUGUCUUAAGAGAUCCAGAAAUUAUAAAACGCGUCCUCGUCUCAGACUUUGGAUAUUUUCACAUGAGAGGUAUCAGUACUCACAAGACUGUUGUGGAGCCCAUAGCAAAAAAUCUUUUCCUUGCUGAAGGCGAUCUCUGGAAGCUAUUGAGGCAGCGCAUGACUCCCGCUUUUACCAGCGGCAAACUGAAGGCGAUGUUCCCGCUCAUUGUGGAGCGUGCUGAGCGGCUGCAAACCCACGCAAUCAACGCUCCACCGACUGGACGAGUUCUGGACUCUCGGGAAAUAAUGGCGCGGUAUACUACUGAUUUCAUUGGUGCUUGUGGCUUCGGACUCGAUAUGGAUUCUCUUAGUGUAGAAAAUUCCUCUUUUAGACAACUCGGUAUUGACAUUUUUAAAGUUGAAGUCAGUCAAAUUAUUAAACAAAUGCUUAAAGAGAUGUUCCCUGAAGCAUGCAAACAUUUUAGAAUAUUUAGCAAAAUAGAAAAAGACGCGUACGCCCUUGUCAAAACUAUUCUGCAAAAGAGAAAUUACCAACCAUGCGGUAGACACGAUUUCAUCGAUCUUCUUCUGGAAAGUAAGCAAAAAGGAAAAAUGGUUGGUCAAUCUAUAGAAUCAGUAAAGUCGAAUGGCAUGCCUGAAGAAGUAUCUUUGGAGUUGACCGAAGAAUUAAUGAUGGCUCAGAUUGUAGUUUUCUUCGCUGCGGGAUUCGAAACUUCAUCUUCCUCAACCAGUUAUACGCUGCAUGAACUUGCAUACAAUCCUGAGGAACAGCGAAAAGUGCAAGAAGAAGUCGACAGAGUUUUAGCGAAAUACGAUAACAAGCUAUGCUAUGAUGCGGUUUCUGAAAUGACUUACUUACAUUGCGCUUUCAAAGAAGGCAUUCGAAUGUUCCCAUCGUUGGGUCACUUAGUAAGAAAAUGUGCCCGCAAGUACACAUUCCCCGACUUGGACCUGACUAUAGACGACGGCGUUUCAAUAUUUAUACCAGUGCAGGCGUUGCACAUGGAUCCGCUGUAUUUCGAGGAGCCCGAGAAAUUCAAGCCAGGUCGUUUCUUAACUGAUUUCAUUAACCCAUUGACCAAACAUAUAUAUUUACCAUUUGGAGAAGGUCCCCGGGCUUGUAUUGGUGAGAGACUGGGUCUGAUGCAGUCACUGGCUGGUCUGGCGGCGGUGCUGUCGCGCUACUCGGUUGAACCCGCGCCGGAAACCUUGCGCCAUCCUAGGAUCGAUCCCACUUCUAAUAUUGUGCAAAGUGUUGUCGGUGGAUUACCUUUGAUGUUUAAGUUGAGAAGUAAGUAAGUAUUACCCGUGUACUUUUAUAAGAUUUCUUUUGUAUUAAAUAUGAAAAUGGCAUAUGUAAUUUGUAUUUGAUAAUAUUAUUAAACGUUUUUCGGUUUACAAAUACUCCGUAUUGUUUGCUUCACUGAACUUUAUAUAAUUCGGUUGUUGAGGGAAUUAGUUAAUUUUUUAUUAUUAGCUUUAAUAAAUAAAUAUAUUUGAUAAUA